AUGGCUGCAAACAGCAGUUUUCAGCUCUCUGGUGGCUAUAACGACAAACCUCCGUCUUCAACUGGUAGUGGAGAUGCGGACUUGGCCAGUGAUCCUGCCAGCAGCGGCUUUUUCAGUAAUGAUUUUAAGAGACAUGAUGAUCUUAAGACCAUGUUAGAUGGGAACCGGGAUACACACAAACUGGAGGCCAUGAAAAGGAUCAUUGGGAUGGUUGCAAAGGGAAAGGAUGCCUCAGAACUAUUUCCUGCUGUGGUGAAAAAUGUUGUCUCGAAAAACCUUGAGGUGAAGAAGCUUGUAUAUGUUUACCUUACCAGAUAUGCAGAAGAACAACAGGAUGUGGCGCUGCUGUCAAUCAGUACAUUCCAGCGGGCGUUAAAGGACCCAAACCAGCUCAUUCGUGCAAGUGCCCUGCGUGUAUUGUCAAGCAUUAGAGUCCCAAUGAUUUCGCCUAUCAUGAUGUUAGCUAUAAAGGAGGCUGUAGUGGAUAUGUCACCCUACGUCCGCAAGACAGCAGCACACGCAAUUCCUAAACUCUACAGCCUGGAUCCAGAAAAUAAAGAUCAAUUGAUAGAAGUCAUAGAAAAACUACUGGCUGAUAAAACUACUCUGGUGGUUGGAAGCGCUAUACAGGCAUUUGAGGAAGUUUGCCCUGAACGUAUUGACCUCAUCCACAAAAACUUCCGCAAGUUAUGUAACCUGCUGGUGGACGUAGAGGAAUGGGGCCAAGUCGUUAUAGUCAACAUGCUUACCCGAUACGUCAGAACACAGUUUGUCUCACCCAACCAAGGGGAUGGUGUUGAAGAGGAAAAAGCAUUUUAUGAGGAUUCAGAUAAAGAGGAAGAAGAAGAAAAGGAAACAGAAGGUGACACUAAGAACAAAACAUAUGUGAUGGACUCCGACCACCGACUGCUGCUAAGACAGGCCAAGCCACUGUUAAACAGUCGCAAUGCUUCGGUUGUUAUGGCUGUAGCUCAGUUGUAUCAUCACUGUGCCCCUAAAGCAGAGGUAGGAGCAGUUGCUAAGGCCCUCAUCAGACUUCUUAGGAGCCACAAAGAAGUACAGUACAUUGUCCUCAGUAACAUAGCCACAAUGACCAUUAACAGGAAGGGGAUGUUUGAGCCAUUUCUGAAGAGUUUUUACAUCCGGUCCAGUGACCCAACCCAUAUAAAGUUGCACAAGUUGGAGAUUUUGACUAAUUUGGCCACAGAAACCAACAUAUCCACCAUUCUACGAGAGCUUCAGACAUACGUGACUAGUAAUGAUAAGGAUUUUGCUGCUGCGACUAUCCAAGCUAUCGGACGAUGUGCCAGUAACAUUGCUGAAAUUACCGACACCUGUCUUAAUGGAUUAGUUCAUCUUAUGUCAAACAGAGAUGAGAGUGUUGUAGCAGAAAGUGUUGUUGUGAUUAAGAAACUGCUUCAGAUGCAGCCAACUGAACACAAAGACAUCAUCAUACACAUGGCCAAGAUGGUGGAUGCGAUCACUGUCCCCAUGGCGAGGGCAAGUAUCCUUUGGUUGAUAGGCGAGUACAGCGAACGUGUCCCGAAGAUAGCCCCGGAUGUCCUCAGGAAGAUGGCUAAGUCAUUCAUAGAAGAGGAGGACAUUGUUAAGUUACAGAUAUUGAACCUGUCUGCUAAGUUGUGCAUCACUAAUGCUAAGCAGACUAAACUCUUGUGUCAGUAUGUCUUUAACUUGGCCAAGUAUGACCAGAACUAUGACAUUCGAGACCGCUCCAGAUUUUUGCGACAACUCAUACUGCCUGGGGAGAAAGGAGGAGCCUUAGCCAAGUAUGCUAAGAAAAUAUUUCUGCACACAAAACCAGCACCAGUACUAGAGUCAAAAUUCAAAGACCGAGACCAGUUCCAGCUAGGCACCCUUUCCCACAUCCUCAACACAAGGGCCACAGGCUACCAAGAGCUCCCAGAGUGGCCAGAGGUAGCUCCUGAUCCCAGUGUUCGUAACAUAGAGGUCCCAACUCCCUGGGAGACCAAGUUCUCCUCAAAGAAAAAGAAACCAGAGAAGGAGAAAAAAUCCUUCUAUUCUGAUACGGAGGAGUCAAGUUCAGAAGAUGAUGACAGCGAUGAGGAAGAUAGUUCUGAUGAAGAUGAGGAUGAUGAUGAUGAGGAGGAGGAUAUUGAAGAGGAUAGCUCUGAUGAAGAUGAAGAUGAAAGCUCUGAAGAAGAGGUCACCUCUUCUGAUGAAGAGGUUAUUACUCCUGCUAAGAAAGUGCUACAAAAGAAAGCUCCAUCAGACAAUUCAGAUGAAGAUGAUGAUGAAAGUGAGGACUCAUCUGAUGAGGACAGUUCAGAGGAGGAAAGCGAUGACAGUGACAAGAAACCACCUCCUAAAACUAAAAAGAGCCAAGUCAAAGCUGCUCCAGUUAAGAAAACUAAAGCAGAAUCUGCCAAGCCAUCACAUGAUCUUUUACUGGAUUUGGAUGAUUUUGGACCACCAGGGGGUGGGUUUGCUAGCUCCUCAGGAACCCCAGCUGCUGACCUCUUGACCCCAAGUCUUGCGGGCAGCAUGUCUAACAUGUCUUUAAGCAGCACAAGCAUGUCUGCAAGUAACAGCAUGAAUUUUAAUCCAGCAUCACUUCCAGCCAAAAAUUAUGAACUUGUGAACAGGAUGACAGGGAAAGGUUUAACUGUUACUUACAAGUUUACAAGAACUGUGUCAAUAUUUUCUCCCAAAAUGGUUUCCAUAGAGAUGACAUUUGUGAAUACUAGUGAUAAUACAAUAUCUGGAAUUCAUAUAGAUAAUAAGAAAUUACAACCAGGAAUGGAAAUACAUGAUUUUCCAGAAAUUGCUUCUUUGGGACAAGGUGCAUCUACUUCAGUGUUGUUAGCUAUUAACUUUAAUGAUACCACCCAGCCAGCUAAGUUCAAUAUCUGUACUCAGGACACCAAAUUUGCAGCCAGCAUCACUGCCCCAGUAGGGGAGCUACUUCAGCCACACACCAUGAGUGAGGCAGAGUUCAUACAGCAGCAAGGAAAACUUGGUGGCAUGCAUGAGAAUUCUGGUAACGUGAAGUUAGCCCCGUCCAAAUCUGACCCCAAGUCUAUCUGUACAUGUAUACACACUGUGGCCAACAUAUUGCAAGUGCCCUCCUCCAAUGAAAACCUUUUCAUAUUUGCGGCUCGCACACUAGCAACAGGAACCUUAACUCUUGUAUCACUCCGGACCAAGGAUGAAACGGCUAAACUGACUGUUAAUUGUGAGAAAAUGGUCAUCGGUACGAUGCUACACAAAGAGAUUAAGAACCUACUGAGUAAAAGUUAACCUAAAAACUAAACAUCAAGUUUUUUUUUAUCUCAAGGUUCUACUGCUUUUUAGAUCUAACCUGAAGUAUUUAUAUCAAUUAUGAAAACUAUUUUCACUGUCACUCAAUAUAUAGAUGAGCAAAUAGGAGACAAAUGCAAUAUUUGAUGUAUUGAACUGAGGCUAGAAUGUCAGGAUUUAAGAACUGUUUCUAGGGUUGAUCAUGUACAAAUUUUUGUGGUCUGGUUGAUAGGUAAAAGUAUUCAGAUAUUUUUAUGUUGAUUGAUAAAUAUGUCUUUGGAGGGUAUAUACAUAAAGAAUAUAUGGUCAAUUGAUAAAUAUGUCUUUUAAG